CAGUUUUCAACGGGGAGAAGUAACGGCGAUAGUGGAGCAGUAACGUCGGCUAGCAAUUACAAAGGAUAUUUAAAACUCCACCAAUGCUGCAGUAAGUGAAAGAAGAGUUACAGUAUAAGCCUUUCCAGAUUCUACUGACCAACGGUUAUAGUAUAAGAAGAGUCGAGGCACCAUCAGUAAAAAUAAUAGAAAGCAGUGAUUUCAAGGAGAGCGCGGGAGAGGUUAAUUGAAAACUGAGAGCAGAGGUACAUUCGCUUCCAUUGCUGGUCAUAUAUGGUUGGCCUGAUUUAGCCAGGGGGCAUAUUUUUUUAAAAGGAUCUGAGGGUUGUCUGCAUCAAGUCUUAAAGAAGAUGAGUAGGGAGAUGGGGUUGGCUUCAAUUCUGUCUAGUGCUGGGGGAGAGGCGAUUCGUCAGUCCGAGUCUCUUGACGUUAGGCCUUUGCCUGAUCAAAAUGAAACUAGGGAUGCCAAUCUGUUUCGGGUUAUGCGCAUUGUUCCCGACAGGCAAGAUUAUAGCUUUGUUGAAAAGGUUCAGCUUCCAGAAGAUGAAAUUGUAGGAUUUUGUAAUAGGCUUGUGCCCGCAUCCGCUAGUGCUUGCUCAGGUGAUCUGCCACAAAUCCGUAUCAACUUCGACGCAUUAAACCAGCUACACUUGCCUGUUGUCGGAUUUUACGGAGAUAAGAAGACAAUGGUUCAGGUUUUCCGCAAAGCAUUGCUGAUUCAUGAGUCAGUUCUCGCAAAGAUGGAGGAGGCAAGGUUUGAGCCUGGAUUCUAUGUCACUAUCCCUCAAGAAGCAGCUGGCGUUUUGAUUGCAUUCUACUGGCAUGAAGGUGAGCAUUUGAAGGAAGCCUGUAGAAAAGACAUGUCAUGCAAUUUCAUUAGGUAUCUGGUUGAGCUCUGCCAGUGCGUUCAUAUUUGUCUUGGAGGGAACUAUCCUUUCGAGGCCUUGGCUGCGUCUGCCAUAAACACCUACUCUAAAGCUAAGCGUACAAGAAAAAUCCAAGUAACUAGUGUGAAGAAUUCUGAGAAUGAUUUGGAGUUGUUGCCUGGAUUUAAAAUGAGCAUAGAUCCAGAAGUUAAGACAAAUAAAUUCUGGCCAGUACAGAAUGCAGGUAUGGCUGUUGUAACCGAUGACAGCAGCGUCAUAUUCUGCGAGGGAUAUUACCGUUGCUGUCUCCUGACAAGAUACUACAGAGCUUCCACAAGAACAAGCAUUCAAACACAAGCAGUAACCCUGAAGGCUUCUGAGCUCGGCGAUAAGCUCCGAGAGUGGUCAUUAGAAUCGACUGUUGAUUACACUAGGGUGAACAAUAAGCAGUUUAUCAGUCUCCUCGAAUGUUGUCAUCCACGGGAGUACGAGGAAUACUGGUUGUUGAAAGAUUCUUUUACAGAGUCUGCACAAGCCAUGGAAAUAAAGAAGAGAUGCUUUCUAAAACUUCUUCCAGUGUUCUGCAGUCAUGUUUUCCUUUUCGUGGCCGGCGAAUGCAGUGGAACAAAGGGGAAAAGUUCAUCUACUAAUUCAGAGAAUACAAUACAAUCACUUUCCCACACCGGCACUAACAGCUUUGAGCAGUUCUAUCGAGAGCUGUCGAUGAUCUUAACAGGGGAGAAUGGUUCUCAGAAGGUGUUGAUAGUUGGAUCAGACAUCGAAUUUUCUUGCAGUGAUGCGGAGCACAUAGUUAGUGUUGAAAGCCUAGUCGAAGGAAAGGAAACCCCACUGUAUAUCCGGUAUGGAGAAGAAGUGAAGGUUAACUGCUCUGCACAGUGCUGCUGCUCCACAAAAUUCAAUGGUAAGGCAAAGUUUGUACGGCUUACCAAGGAUAAAAGAGGCUUCCCACUUUCAGGUGAGAAAGUUCAAAUUAUAUACUCCCCUACUUCUGUCAAGGCUUGUCGUCGUCCUAAGAUUUCGAAACUUGAAGCAUAUAUUAGAAUUGUUAGUAACAAUUCCUCUCUUUCUGCAAUUCGUAAUUGGGUAGAAAUCAUGGUACCAAACGAACUAAAAAACCUUGAAAGAAAUACUAUGUUCACCGCCUUCUUGUUGACCUGUGACCAGCAUAUGGCCCUUGAGUUCAUGGAGUACCAUUUGACAACUUACAAUACAGAAAGCCUACCAACUGGGUUUCGAAGCAUGUUUGAGAAGUUCAAAAUCCAUGGUCAUCUCCAACCCACAAUCGAUCAAGCGGCCCUCAUAUCUCAUGAUACGCUCAGAACUGUGUGUUGUGAAGUGUAUAAGAGCCAAGAGCUUAAGUUUUUGCAAAAUAUGGAAAAAGAGCUCUCGACUAGUGUGUCCAAACAGAAGGUAAACAUCACGAAGAAAAUGAAGGACCAAUUUAAACUAGCCGAGGACAGAUUUUUACAGCAAUUGAAGGAGAAGUUUUCAAUCGGUUCAAAAGACAACUUAGUUACCAGUUAUAUUGAGGAAGUGGUAAUUAUAUAUCCCUCUUUUUUGUCGACAAUAUUUUCUUCUGAGCAGAGUCAUCAAGUUGAGCUGAAAGUCUGUGUUGAGAAGCACGACUUUGACGUUGUAUGGAAAGCACAAGAGGUAAUUCCGACCAAGAAAGAAAUGAAUGAACUAAUCAGCAAUCCUACGCAUCCAAUUGUACCCAUAUGGGGCCAGCCAUUUGAACUAGUAGCUAUAGAUCCCAAAAUCCGAAGUUUGUUUAAAGUUGUUCUUUUCAAGUCUGGAGAAUCAGUUGUUUUUAUUCACAACUUCAAAGAUUCCUACCUUGAACUCUUCCACUGUGCAAGACUGGGUUCCCAUUUAAUCGAAAUCAGGACAUUCAAGAGGGGGUUUGAUAUGUUGUCCAUCGAUGAAGCUUCCCGAGCUGUGGCUUUCUACGAUAGAGACAAUUUCAAGAUUGCAAUAUAUAAGUUUGAUGAUUCAUUUAAGAAGAUCUAUCCCACUGGAGUAGAGGUUAAUUUGGAUAAAUAUAAAGGCAGCAAGAUUAUAACUUGGAUGCAUUUAAUUCCGGGUAAAAUGGAGUUGCUGUUAGUUGAUGUCACGAACAGAGCAAGGGUAGUAGAAAUCCAUCAGAAGCCAGUGAUGAAGCCCAAAUUCUUUUCUCUUUCGCCGUCCCUGUCUCUAACAAAAGCAUGCAUUACUCUUGAUGGCUUUUUCUUCAUCGUCUUCAGCGAAUUCCAAAGCUCUGGCAAUGGUGAAACUGUGCCAGAGAUUCAAGGAUCAAGGCAAGGGCUCAUAUUGGAAAUUUUUGUUUUGGGUGAUACUUUGAGUCACUUGAAAACCAUGGAAAUCAAAGGCGAUGAAAGUUGCAUGUGUAAUUCAGAACAAUAUGGGGUGAAAUUAACUAGUUUUGGACCACAGAGCCACCUUGUUCUGUAUAAUUAUAUUGAUAGUUCUCAUCUUCUUACUUCCCAUGUUCUGAAAUCGGUAUUAGCCAUGGAAGCUGUGCGAUAUACUCCUGAGCUGGAGCCAGAAGCGGAAGAAAGUGCUGGGCAAUUCCCCUAUUUGGGGUAUAUAUAUCAUAUAUUUGACAAGUUUCCAACAACUCCUACACUGAUCCCGGCAUUAAAAGACAUCACAUUCAAGGUGAUACUAGAGAGCAGCAUAGACGCCAAUGGAGAGGCGUGCAUCAAGUAUUUAGAAUUACUCAUUAGACAACUCAAGCAGAGAAGAGAGAAAGAUUUCUCAAAUUUCAAGAUUCAGUUUCAAGUGGAGGAUACAGAAAUAUGUUCAACUUCAACCGGAUUUGGCCGCUGGCAUUCACUUCCAUUAAAGGACAAUUCUAAGAUGAAAAUGGGGGUUUGGGUUCGAAAACUUGUUUGCCUUGUACCAAUUCAAAUAGCUCGAGCAGAAAAGAAUGGGAUGGUUGCUUUAAAGGACGGACUGCAAAUCCCUCCCGAUAUUAGCUACACUGGCAGCGUAUCACUUGCAAAUCAAUUGCGUUUUGGGUUCUACGAUGCUGUUCUUAACAGUUGGAAGGGUCAAAUUAAGGUUAUCUCUUCCAUGGGAAAGCAAAGCUCUGGUAAGUCUUAUCUGUUGAACCAUCUGUCAGGCUCUUUGCUUGAUGUUGCAGGGGGUAGGUGCACAGAUGGUGUCUGGAUGACUCUCAUCGCUAGUGACGGAGGAGAUGUCCCCGGGGAUAGCAGGUGCCUCUAUGUGCUUUUAGACUUUGAAGGUCUUGGAAGUUUUGAGCGAAGUGAGCAAGAGGAUAUGCUUCUCUCUGUUCUCAAUGCAGCAAUCAGCAAUAUCACCAUAUUCAACAAAAAGGAUUUUCAUUUAGACAAGGAGACAGAAACGUCUUUCAGCCGCUUUCAGAGUGGGAUCAACCUACUUGAGCAGGACAAUAAGCUUUUCAAAGGUCUAUUCUACAUUGCCAUUAAGGACGUGGAUGCAUCUGAUGUACAUGAUCUUAUACAAGAAUUUAAUGAGAAAAUUUUUCAAAUAUGCACCAAAUCUCCAGAAAAUUUCAUUUUAAAAAUGUAUGGCGGGAAGGUGGAGAUCGAUGCUAUGGCUCCUUACAAUAGAUCUGAGUACUAUCAGCAUAGCUUAAGUGAGCUCGCACAGAACGUUCACAAAAUUGAUCAUUGUUAUGACAAUGGUUCUGCUUUCACCAGAGAUUUGAAGUUGAUCAUAUCUCAAAUUGCAGCUAAAGAUUGGUCUCCUGUAGACAGUAAGCGUGUUGGUAUUAUAGUUGAGAUUAUAAAGAGAAAUCUCAAGCCUGCCGUCUCUAUGGGAUGCCUCUGUGCUGCAAAUACAAACGAAGUACAAAAGCUUGUCAAUUUUGAUACAGAGGAAGAGGUUCCUGAUUUACCUCUUGUGGUUGAUGAUUUUUCAUUCAACAUUUCAGAUUCGGACUUGUAUCUGACGCAUACCAAGAAUGGCAUUAGGCAUGUUUUGUCUCAACUUAGGUCCACAGUCGAGAGUAUUUUACCCAGGGAAGGAAACAAUGCUGACUCGUGGCAUUCCAUGUUUGAGAAGUUCCUAGAGGCAAUCGGAGAGAGAAGGCGGGAAAGAGUUCAACAGUGGAUAAGCACAAACACCAGAGAUUUUUGUAAGAGUGAGGAUGUGCAAAAGUUGCAGUUAGAGGCUAGUUUAGCCCUUGGAGAAGUAAAGCAAGGUCUCUCCGUUUGUGGUUGUAAAUGUUCCAAGUGCUAUUGGAGAUGUGUGUUUGAGAAGGGCCAUAGUCAGGACCAUUCUUGUGAGGGCAGUCAUUCAUGUACAGAAAUAUGCACCUAUUGCGUUCGAGAAGGAAACAACUCUAAUCUAUGUAAGGAUUUGGCCGGCCACCAAGGUCAUCACCAUUGCAAAGAGAGAACUCACACAUGCCGAGAGCCCUGUCAUCUGUACAAUCUGUCAUCAAAUUGCAAUGAGUUUUGCUCUCAAGAGCCUGAACAUGAGGGUCCGCACAGUUGUAACUCCCUACGACACAUGUGUAAGGUGAGUUGUUCACUUGAAAGCUGCAACAAUACAUGUAUUGUGCCCAUUGAAACUAUUCACAGAAGACACCGGUGUCAUGAAAGAUAUUGCCAAAGCAAGUGCAUCAUGAAAGGCUGCACAAGGACCUGUGGGGAGGAAGAUCACUUCCAUAAAGGAGAGCAUUUGUGUGGGAAUGAACACACAUGCCCUGAGAAUUGUGAAAUGCCUGGAAUAUGUGAAGUAUUUACACAGCUAGUGAGGAAAAGCUGUAAUUUCAAAGGACAAAGGGGUUCGUUUGAGUAUGAACACUUUUCAGAACAAAAUGGGCAACGCAAAGGCUGUUGCAUUCUUAUUCCUCCCUUUAAAAGGACUCAUCGAGGCCCACAUGUUCACACCAAUAAUGCAUCUGCUGUACAUUAUUGUGACACUAAAUGUGAAGCUUGCGGUUACUUCUGUCGCCUUCCGCUAGGUCACCCUGGCUUGCACAAGACAGUGCAUGGAAAUAUGAGGAAUACAAGAUUCAUUUCAGAGGAGGAGGAUAUCAACAUUGGGGAUCGUAAGUAUAAAUGGGGAGAAAAAGGGGAGGCAGAGAUGUGUAACAUGUUCUGCAGGAAACAGGGUCGAGGUCAUAUCCAUUUGGUUCCUUGUCCAAAGACCAGCAAUCAAAGAUACAUAAUGUGCACCAGCAAUCUCCACGACGGUUCCAGGCACGCAACAGUCAAAUAUGGGCCUGACAUUGAUGUUCCAAAGGAUGAGAUGACUCAUGAAACCUACUGGAAAUAUGUUAGAUUUGUUGAUCCUUGUACAGAGGAAGAGCGUCAAGAGUUUAACAGAUGCAAUCACCAGUGCAAAUCCGAGGAGCAUAACGGAGACUCAGGGGAAAACUCUUAUUGCACGGAGCAGCUAUGGCAUAAGCCUAUUGAGAGAACGAGACAAAAUGUCAGUUCUACAACUUAUGUAACUGUUGAUGGCCACCGUUUUGCUUGCCGUCAUUCUGCAAACGUUCCUCAUCAUGUCAUUUUUGUCAUUGACAUAUCAGGUUCUAUGGGCUCCGAUGAUAUUAGCCCAACGAUGGAGAUGUUUGAUGAACAUAAUUCUAGGCUUGGCUGUGUCUAUGAGGCCAUCCUGACAUUUAUAGGAAUCCGUCUUACAACGGUUCCUGAUGACUCUGUGUCAGUGGUUCUAUUCAAUCGAUCACCAACUAUUGCUGUAGAGAUGCAGGAUAUGGAAGAAAGUGUUGUAGAAAGUCUCCUUCAGUAUGCACCUUCUGGAUCAACAAAUUUUUCAUCAGGCUUGGAAUGCGCAGAAAAGAUAUUGAUAAAAGCACAGGGAGACCCAAUACUAAACAUGAAAAUACCAGUUGUUAUCUUUCUUAGCGAUGGAGGAAACAAUGCCAGAAGGAAUCCUGUAGACUGUGUAGAAAGUAUGAAAAGACAGGAGUCCAGGAUGACUCUUCAUACAAUAAUGUUUGGUAAUGAUCCCACAAAGAGUAUCCUAGAGGAAAUGGCAAUGAUGGGAGAUGGACAGUUUCAGCUGACUCUGGAUGCACUUGAGCUGUCUAGAAGCUUUGAGAAUCUGGCAAAAAGCCUCAGGCCCCCAGUUGCAUCUUUGAUGUAAGCCACCUGAAGGCUUAGCAAUGGUUAUCCUUUUUUGAGUAUGGCGUGUUAUCACUUGCUUUGAUAAAUAGGGUUUAUGUAAUGUAAUCAUCGGUCUGUGUUUCAGUUGUGUCUCGAGUACAUUUUCCUGUGUCUCAAGUAUUAUUGUGCUCUUAUAUAUGCUACUAUAAAUGUAAUAUUUUAGUAAGGUGAAGUAUAAUUGCCUUUCUAGAACGUGUCCAUAUGUAGGACAUGUUUAAGAUCUUAUGGACUGAUAGCUGUAUGAAAUUUGAAAAUAAGAAGAAAAUAUGUAAUAUGUUUA